AUUUAUUUCCUUUAUUUAUUUAAUUUUUUUUUUUUUUUGGAGUAGAGAGUGACAGAUGGCGGCGGGUCCCGGGGGAGCCGGCUCUCCCCCAGUGCAGACGCAUGCCAAUCACCGUCUCUCAUGUGAUAGCUGCUGCCCGUGACGUGCCAAGCCCAUAUGGCCUGGCAUAGAGGCUGGUACCCCGCCUGGUAGAGAUGCCACACUCGCUCCGCGGUUCGCAUGGCGCUCUGAAGACGCCGGCGCCCGCCGCCUUGAGGAGCCGCUGCCCCCGCUCCCAGAAGAUGGGGGAACAAUGAAAUAAGCGAGAAGAUUCCUCUUCUCCCCCCUCUCUCUCUUGCCCCCUCCCCCCCUCCCCUCCCCUCUCCCCUUGACUCCUCUCCGAGGCACCAUGCUGACCCGCCUGUUCAGCGAGCCCGGCCUCCUCUCGGACGUGCCCAAGUUCGCCAGCUGGGGCGACGGCGAAGACGACGAGCCGAGGAGCGACAAGGGCGACGCGCCGCCACCGCCGCCGCCUGCGCCCGGGCCGGGGGCUCCAGGGCCAGCCCGGGCGGCCAAGCCUGUCUCUCUCCGUGGAGAAGAGGUGCCGGAAGCCACGCUGGCAGAGGUCAAGGAGGAAGGCGAGCUGGGGGGCGAGGAGGAGGAGGAAGAGGAGGAGGAAGAAGGACUGGACGAGGCGGAGGGCGAGCGGCCCAAGAAGCGCGGGCCCAAGAAGCGCAAGAUGACCAAGGCGCGCCUGGAGCGCUCCAAGCUUCGGCGGCAGAAGGCGAACGCGCGGGAGCGCAACCGCAUGCACGACCUGAACGCAGCCCUGGACAACCUGCGCAAGGUGGUGCCCUGCUACUCCAAGACGCAGAAGCUGUCCAAGAUCGAGACGCUGCGCCUAGCCAAGAACUACAUCUGGGCGCUCUCGGAGAUCCUGCGCUCCGGCAAGCGGCCAGACCUAGUGUCCUACGUGCAGACUCUGUGCAAGGGUCUGUCGCAGCCCACCACCAAUCUGGUGGCCGGCUGUCUGCAGCUCAACUCUCGCAACUUCCUCACCGAGCAGGGCGCCGACGGUGCUGGCCGCUUCCACGGCUCGGGCGGCCCGUUCGCCAUGCACCCAUACCCGUAUCCGUGCUCCCGCCUGGCGGGCGCACAGUGCCAGGCGGCCGGCGGCCUGGGCGGUGGCGCGGCGCACGCCCUGCGGACCCACGGCUACUGCGCCGCCUACGAGACGCUGUAUGCGGCGGCAGGCGGUGGCGGCGCGAGCCCGGACUACAACAGUUCCGAGUACGAGGGGCCGCUCAGCCCCCCGCUCUGUCUCAAUGGCAACUUCUCUCUCAAGCAGGACUCGUCGCCCGACCACGAGAAGAGCUACCACUACUCUAUGCACUACUCGGCGCUGCCCGGCUCGCGGCCCACAGGCCACGGGCUAGUCUUCGGCUCGUCGGCUGUGCGCGGGGGCGUCCACUCGGAGAAUCUCUUGUCUUACGAUAUGCACCUUCACCACGACCGGGGCCCCAUGUACGAGGAGCUCAAUGCGUUUUUUCAUAACUGAGACUUCGCGCCGGCUCCCUUCUUUUUCUUUUGGCUUUGCCAGCCCCCCUGUCCCCAGCCCCCAGAGCGCAGGGACACCCCCACCUACCCCAGCGCCGGGCGCCGGGAGCGGGCUGCCGGUCCUGCCGCUCUCCUGGGGCAGUGUGGUCCUCUUACCUGUGGGUGGCCCGUCCCAGGGGCCUCGAUUCCCCCAGGGGACUCGCCUUCUCUCUCCCCGAGGGGUUCCCUCCUCCUCUCUCCCAAGGAGUGCUUCUCCAGGGACCUCUCUCCGGGCGCUCCCAGGAGACACCCCUCCCCCAUUCCCAAUAUCUUCUCUAAGGUUUCCUCCUCCGCCUCCUCCCUGCAGGCCCAAGGCAUUGGUGAGGCGGCAGCUGAGAAGUGGAACGCGUUUUCCCGUCUCAUUAUUAUUAUUUAAAAACAGACACCCAGCUGCCGAGGCAGAAAGGAGCCAGGCGCUCCCUCUUUCUUGAAGAGGGUAGAAGUCAGCGCGCCUAAACCCGGGCCUGGAACGCCCUCACCCCCAACCCCAAGUCUCCGCGUUUUGCGAUUUUAAUUUUGGCGGGAGGGGAAGUGGAUUGAGAGGAAAGAGAGAGGCCAACACAAUUUGUAACUAGAAACCGUUUUUCCCUUUUCCUUUUUUUAAACAAACAAACAUACA